AUGAGCUUUAGAUUUGCAUUACAAGAAUACAUCGACGACCCUCUGAAGCAUCCUGAUACUGUGCUAUACCACACGGAAGAUGCCGUUAUCAUCAAGGACAAGUUCCCCAAGUCAAUCCGCCAUUAUUUGGUUCUCCCGCGUGGCCGGUCAAUUAGUUUCGAACAUCCACUAGAAGUCUUCCAGCUCCAUCCUGAGUUAUACAAGCAGAUGGAAGAAUACAUAACUCGUGCCAAGAGGCUUAUUGUUGAGAGUUUGCAAGAAAACAAGUUGGUUGAGUUUAGCGAUCAGUUGAGUGAACAAGAGUUCAUCAACACUUUCAUCCAAGUGGGCGUCCACUCCAUCCCCUCGAUGAACAACCUACACGUUCACGUAAUGACAAGAGAUUUCCAUCUGGAAAGACUCAAGAAUAAGAAGCAUUAUAACUCAUUCACCAGUAGCUUCUUUGUUGAGUGGAAAAAGCUUAACCCAGAGAAUUUUCCUUCCGGAUCAGAAAGUGAUGCUGAUAGCGACGACGGGCCCACAAAUGGUUUAGAAAGAGACGAAAAGACAUUGGCCCUAACAAUAAAAAACACUCCUUUGGUCUGCACCUAUUGUGGGAAGAAUUUUAAAAACCAAUUAAAGUUAUUAAAAGAGCACUUGGCCCGAGAAUUCGAAAAUAAAUUUAAUGUCAAGAGAAAGGUUAAUGAUCGGCCCAAUCCCUGA